UCAUGUUUGCGCGUGCGGCACAUUAAAACAUUAAAUAGCCGAGUUUUUUUCAGCGUGAGAAAUACGAUGUGUGGCGGGAGUGCGUGAUUUAAGACCGAAAUGCGUGAGUCUCACGCUCAAUGCGUGACACUUGAGAGAGAGCCCUGCAACAGGAAACGCCGGCUACGCUUAACACGGGCUCACCGACAUUAGACAAGAGGAGACUAAAUAAACGUUGUCUGCUCUGAUGGAUUUAAGCCAGGCUUGAGUAACCUCGCCGGCCGAAGGGGACACACAAGAGAGUGGGAGGAGCCUCGUUUGGGUCUGAGCCCCUCCAGAUGGCGGUCUACAGUAUAAACGUAGCGACGGGUAAAUCCGAGUAUUCGGGCACCAACAACUACAUCUUCGUGACCUUGGUGGGGGAGGAAGGGGAGAGUGAGCGCACCCUGCUGGACAACCCCGGACUGGACUUCUGCCGCGGAGCGGUGGACCAGUACAAGGUGACCAGCCCCUCCCCCCUCGGCCCCCUGCUACUGGUCAGGCUGGAGAAGCAGAGGUACUGGCUGGAAGACAACUGGUUCUGCCGCUACGUCACGGUGGAGCCACCAGGGGGAGACAAAGUGCUGACCUUCCCGUGUUACCGCUGGCUGAUCGGAGACGUCAAGGUGGAGAUAAGAGAGGGAACAGCGAAGACGCUGAGCGGCGACUCCUUGCCCGAGCUGCUGGCACACAGGAAGACGGAGCUGCAGCAGAGACAGGCGACGUACAGGUGGCUCACGUGGACCCCGGGGAUGCCCCGAUGUAUCGACGCCGAGACAGAAGCAGAUUUACCUCAAGACGUCCGCUUCGACAACGAGAAGAGAAGCGACUUUGAACAUUCAUUACACUAUGCCUUGCUGGAGCUGUCUCUGAAGAAGCUGGCCAUCAGUUUCGGGAAGUCCUGGAGCGACCUGGACGAUUUCAAACGGAUCUUCUGGAAGCUACGAAGCCCCAUAGCUGAGUACUGUAUGGACCACUGGAAGGAGGACGGGUUCUUUGGCUAUCAGUGUCUGAACGGCUCCAACCCGAGGAUGAUCCAGAGGUGCAAGAAGCUGCCAGAGAACUUCCCUGUGGUACCGGACAUGGUGCAGAGCUCCAUGGCUCCGAGGACCAACCUGGACAAAGAACUCAAGGCAGGUAAUAUCUACCUGCAGGACUAUGCCAUCAUGGACGGGGUUCCCACCAACACAAUCAGGGGCAAACCUCAGUUCAUCGCUGCUCCUCUCUGUCUCCUGUACCAACACCCGGAUGACGGACUCAUACCUAUUGCUAUACAGCUCGAGCAGACUCCGAGCCUGGACACGCCCAUAUUCCUGCCCAGAGACCCGCCCCUGGCCUGGCUAUUGGCUAAAAUGUGGGUGCGUCACUCCGAGUUCCAGGUGUUCCAGCUGCUGUCUCACCUGCUCAGGACUCACCUGGUGAUAGAGGUGUUUUGUGUGGCCACCCUGAGACAGCUGCCGGCCGUGCACCCGGUUUACAAGCUCCUGGCUCCCCAUCUGCGUUUCACCCUAGAGAUCAACUGUAGGGGGCGCACGCAGCUCCUCUCGCCAAAUGGCAUCUUCAAGCGGGUGGUCUCCACGGGGGGGGAAGGCAUGGUGGUUCUGGCUCAGAGGGAGUACAAGGUGCUGACCUACCGCUCCCUGCAGCCGCCCAUGGACUUCCCCGACAGAGGCGUGUCCCAGCUCCCAAACUACUUCUACAGGGAGCACAGUCUGAUGCUGUGGGAGGCCAUACUCGGUUUCGUUUCAGGUGUAGUCGGCCUGUACUACCAGUCAGACCACGACGUCCAGGAGGACCCGGAGCUCCAAGCCUGGAUCAGAGACAUCUCGCAGGAAGGCUUCGCAGAACUCCCCAACUUCGGUCUGCCCAGUACGCUCGGCACCAGAGAGGAGCUCUCCACCCUGCUGUCGGUGGCCAUCUUCAACAGCACCGCCCAGCACGCCGCCACCAACAACGGACAGUUUGACUGGUGCGCCUGGGUGCCCAACACCCCGUGCACGAUGAGACAACCCGCACCCACGGACAAGGAUGCGGUCACCAUGGAGAUGAUCAUGGCCACCCUCCCGGACGUCAGCCAGUCCUGUGUGCAGAUGGCCAUCACGUGGCAUCUGGGGCGGGCGCAGCCAGACGCAAUUCCGUUGGGCCAAUAUGCAGAGGAGCACUUCACUGAGGGGCGGGCCCAGGAGCAGAUUGACAGCUUCACGGCCAAGCUGAAGGAGAUCGAGGAGCACAUCUGGAGUCAGAACGAAGGACUGGAGCUCCAGUACCUGCUUCUCCUGCCCAGCCGCGUCGAAAACAGCAUCACCAUCUAGAGACCAUCAUCACGAGUCACGACAUUGAAGCAUUAAAGAUAACAUUUUCAGUGGAA